AUGGUAGAGUUAGGAUUUAUAUUUUGGAAGAAAAUGUUAAAAUUGAUGGAAUUUGAAAUAAUGAAUCGCAUCGAAGCUUUAAAAUUAACGUUUGCUAACGUUUUAUAUGCAAAAAGAUUACGGGAUUCGAUUUCAGCUGUAAUUGAACUCGAUAGUAAUACUGAUGCUUCUGAUCUAAUAUUUUCAUACAACCGUGCCAUAGAUAAUCAUAUAAAAUCAGGAUGUUUAUCCUCUGCCCACCAACUGUUCGAUGAAAUGUCUCUUAGAGAUGUUGUUUCCUGGAAUUUAUUAAUAACCGGGUAUAAACGUCAUGGGAAUCCGGGCUAUGGGUUUGAAUUAUAUUCUCAAAUGGUAUCUCAAAAUAUUAGAGAAAGUCCACCAACCUUUUCCUCUGUUUUGAGUAUUUGUAGCAAUUAUGGUUAUUAUUUUGAAGGAAUUCAAGUACAUUGUAGAGUAAUUUUAUUGGGUUUUAUUGGAAAUCUGUAUAUAGAGAGUUCUAUUGUGGACUUUUAUAUGCAGAUGGGUAUAGUUGAUGAUGGGUUGCAAUUUUUGGAUGAAAUGAGUGUAAGGAAUUCUGUUGUUUGGAAUUCAAUUUUUCGCGGAUUUUGUAAAUUGGGUUUAUGGAAUGAGAUCAUAAGGCAGUUUCCGAGACUGAUAUCUGAUGGGGUGAUGUUGGAUGAUGUUAUGAUUUGUUAUCUGCUUCAGGCUUGUUCUAAUGGAAAGUUUGUAAGUCAAGGAGAAGAGUUACAUUGUUAUGCUUUGAAGACCAGAUUGAUUGAAAUAAAUGGGUUUGUUGCUAAUCGAUUGGUGGACUUUUAUUCUGCUUGUGGUACUCUAAAUGAUGCUUUGAAAUCAUUUGAAGUUAUUCCUUGUAAUGCUGUGAUAUCAUGGAAUUCAAUUGUUUCUGCAUAUGCCAAAAAUGGUGGUUUGUUUGAUGCACUUGCUUGUUUCAGGAGGAUGCUAUAUUGGAGUAUGAAACCAUCCGUUCGUUCUUUUAUUAUGAUCUUGAAUUCGUGUAGCAAAAAUGAAAAUCUUUUGGUGGGAAAACAGUUGCAUUGUUUUGUUCUUAAAUUGGGAUUUGAUUGUGGAAGCAUCUAUGUUGUGUCUGCUCUCAUUGAUAUGUAUGGCAAAUGUUAUGAUAUUGAUAGUUCUUUUAAUGUGUACAAGGAAUUCCCUUAUAAAACUAGGGAGUGUUGUAAUGCUCUUUUAACAUCUUUGUUACAUUGUACUUAUUAUAAAGAGGUGAUUAAGUUGUUCAAAUUCUUGAUUGAUGAGGGUAUUGGACUCGAUGAAUGCUCCUUGUCCACCACACUGAAAGCAUUGUCAAGAUCUUCUUUUGCGAGCUUAACAAACUGUACACUGCUUCAUUCUCUUGCUGUUACAUUUGGAUUCGGAUCUAAUAUCGUGGUUUCAUGUUCUCUAAUCGAUGCAUAUUCAAAGUUAGGACAUGUUGAUCAAUCGUGCUAUGUCUUUGGGUUUCUACUUUCACCAAAUGUUGUCUCUUUUACCUCAAUAAUAAAUGGGUAUGCCUGGAAUGGAUUAGGAAAAGAAUGCCUGAAAUUGUUGGAAAUGAUGUUGGAAAUGGGUUUGAAACCAGAUAGAGCAACCUUCUUGUGUGUUUUGACAGGUUGUAAUCAUUCCGGUUUAGUAGAGGAAGGAAGGAGGAUAUUUAAAUCCAUGAAGUCCCUUCAUGGUAUUGAACCAGAUCAGACACAUUAUUCAUGUGUGGUUGAUCUCCUAGGUCGUGCAGGGUUUGUAUACGAAGCUGAAGAGUUGUUAAAGUUGUCACUUGCAAAGGAAGAUCCUUUUACAUGGAGCUCAUUGCUAAGAAGUUGUAGGAUACACAAGAACAAAGAAGUUGGACAAAGAGUAGCUAAAUGCUUGAUAGAGCUUAAACCUAAAAUCCCUGGAGUGUACCUGCAAAUUUCAAACUUUUAUUCUGAAACCGGAGAUUCUGAAUUGUCCCUGCAUUACCGAGAGAUUGGGAUGGCAAGAAAAUCGCUUAGAGAGACCGGUCACAGCUUUAUCGAUUGA